AUGUGUAUGAAAACUGAAUGCAAAGAAUGUGGCAAACCAACGUGGAAAGGUUGUGGAAAACAUAUCGAACAAGCUUUGAAAGAUGUUCCGCAAGACGAACGGUGUAAGUGCCCAAGAGAACUACCUGAACCAACUCCUGAUCUAACGAAGAACGUCGAUUCGUCAUUACCAACAACCACCACCGCCACAACAGAAGACAUAAAAAGUGAUGAUCACGCUAAAACGAACGAUAAUGUUGCUUCGGAGAACAAAGUCGAGGAGGCACCUGCAAAGACAAACACUGAUGACGAAACCGAAAAACAAGAAGCACAUAAGGAAGAAAGCCAAACAAAAGAAGAUUAA